GGGUUUGGGACACGACCGUGAGACCCGUUCCCACCCCCCCUCUCCUCACCUCUAACUCCCCAACGAGAGCCCUACGUCGCCCUCUCUCUCUCUCUCUCUCUCUCUCUCUCUCUCUGACGCGCACUCUGAAAAAGGAAACCCUAGAAGAAGAAGAGGACGACGAGGAAGAGAAGGGGCGAAGCGAAGCCCCAGAGGGGGAGGGAGACGAGGAAGGAGACGAAGAAGCCCCUCGAGAUCCGAUCCUUUUUUUUUCUUUUUUUUUUUUGGUUUUGCUUUCGCUCUCUCUCAAUAUGCUUUAAUAUGCUUUCCCUCUGACAUCCGUCGAUUCUUCUCGUGCUUUUAUGCUUCCUUUUGUCGCUAAUGGCCCUUCUUUUCCCCGCCGCAUUUUUUUCGAAUUUUUUAUGGUGAAAAGGAGCUCGAUUUGUGUGGUUGCUUCUCGAUUCGGCCAUCCGGGGGGAAUUGAGGGGGUUUAGGAUUCGAAAAGGCGAAUUUUUGGGUGGAUUUGGGGUGAGUUGUGGUGGAAUUUUGGGGAUCGGAUGCUGGGGAUGGACGGAGGGAGGGACCUGCGGCGGAGCGUGACGCUCUCGGACCAGCUCGCCGCCGGGUACUCGUCCUCCUCCUCGUCCAAUAACCUCCGGGACCUCCUCAAGGUCCGCGACGACGACGACAACAACGAGAUCCGCCACCUCGGCCGCCGCGCCUCCGUCGCCGGCGACGGCUCCACCCUCGCCUCCGCCAUCGCCGCCGAGAAGGCCGGCGUCUCCGACGGCGGCGCCGCCGGGGGCCGGACCCUCCUCGAUAUCAUCCGGGAGGAGCAGGGCGGCGCUUCCCCCGCCGAUGCCGACGCCGUCGAAGGCGACGCCGGCGCCGGCGCCGGUGCCGGUGCCGGGAAUGGGAUCAACUGGAGGUCGUUCAAGGACAGGCUCCGCAUCGGCCGCACCGGCGCCGCCGCGUUCGCGUCCUCCGCCACCGCCGCGCCGAUCUCCGACCCCGAGCUCGUCCCGUCCCUCCGCGCGAACCCUAACCCUAGCCCCGGCCCUGGCCUCGGCUUCCCCCGCUCCCUCUCCAUCCGCCCCUUCUCCGCCGCCGCGCAGGAGCCCUCGGCCCCGGGCGGAGAAGAGCCCGACGCCGACUCACCAGUCGGGGCUCCCGCCAACCCUAGCUCCACCGCCCUCUUCCGCUCCUUCUCCAUCCGCCCCCCGGUGGCGGCGGAGGAGGAGGAGCAGCCGGUGAGGGUGUCUCUGAUGGCGUUGCUGGAGCAAACGGACCGGCAAUGGGCCGGCGGAGACGGGGCGGAGGGGGAGUCCCCUGUGACGGCAACAGCGUUGGCGGCGGCGGCAGAGGGGGAAGAGGAGGCGGAGGAGGAGGACGGAGGGGACGAUGGGGAUGCGAAGGGGGGUAUGUACCACGUGUGCUGCGUGUGCAUGGUGCGGCACAAGGGGGCCGCUUUCAUCCCCUGCGGCCACACCUUCUGCCGCCUCUGCUCCCGCGAGCUCUGGGUCAGCCGCGGUAACUGCCCCCUCUGCAACGGAUUCAUCCUCGAGAUCCUCGACAUCUUCUAGAGCCCCUGCCACCGCUGCCGCCACCAAUACCGCUCGCUGCCCCCGCCGCCGCCGCCGCCACUGCCACUACCACUACUUUUAUUAUGGUAAAUUCUCCUCUUAUAUGAAUACUUGAUUUUUAGAUGAUGUUACUCAUUUGAGAUAGUGGAGUAGUGCUGUGGAUGGGGUAAUUCUCAAAUUGUCAUCUCAUUGUUGUUACUGUCAUUGUUUGGUGAGUUGGGCUCGGCUACUCUCGAUAGUAUUUGAGGACAAAUAUUUUUAUUUUUCGACUUACAUCCGUCGGAUGCAUAUUAUGAUUCACUGCCAAAUUGGUUACAGGUCUAUUACUUGUUAUAUGCAUGAUGAUUCUCUAGAAAACGAUGAUUCCCAUAAAUGAAUAAAACACCAUUCUCGAGUAACAAAUCCUUUCAGCAAAAAAAAAUGUUGAUUCACUUGUUAUCUGAGCAGAAUGUUUUGGAAUUAAGAUUUUCAUAUUCCUAGUCUCGUUUCGUAUCGCCAACUCAUGAAUCAGAAUGCACAACUGAUGAAUAAAAAGUCGAGAAUAUUUACCCUCUAAUGCUCUCUACGGUAGCCAAUUCCAACUCUUUAUUUGGUUGUCUAAAUUGUCCCGGUCUUUGGGUGUCUGGUCAAGUGGUACCUCAAAGGAGGGGGGAUAAUGUCAUAUUGUCAUGACAAUGAUCAUAAUAAUCAUAGUAAUUGUAAUAUUUCUCUUAAAUGAUGAUGGACAUUAAAUUUCUUUCUAA